GUUGUGUACUCUGUAUCUUUCUAUUGCUCAUCAUGGAACACGAUUAGAAAGACGUAUUGUUUGUUACUUCUCGUGCUAAAUAUUGCCUAAAGAUGGGUUUCUAAGUUUUUACAAGCGUUUGCACACCCGCGUGUGCCUUUACAAGUUAUCAAAAAUGUUUGCCAAAAUGGCGUCUCUACAGGACAUCUUUGUCCCUUACCUGCAAAUACCAUCACCAUCCAAGAACCUCGAACUAUCACGACCUUUCUUCAUAUCCCUGAAUUCAAACAUCUGCAAGGAUGAGUGCAAAUCAAUGGGAUUGGUCGCUGGCUUCGGCCGACGGCCUGCUAACGUCUAAUGAACGAUCUUUGCUGCUCGAAGUUGAUCUAUUAAAUACCGAUGAAGAUCUACUCAAGAACUUUUCCGGCGCUGGCGCGAAGUUCGGUCUCGGCGGCUACUCGGUCCACGAUGAAUUCUCCAACUCUUUGUACCCGCCGUCACCGGCGGAGAGCAAGCCCAGCCGGGCGGAGCUCGCCAACGACCUUCUGCAGCAGCUGGAAAGUCAGUGCAAGCAAGAAAAUAUAUUUUCCAACUGGUUGGAAGAGAAGGUGGACCUGCCGAUCUUUGAAAAUAUCUCCCAAGUACCGGAGCGCGUCGAGGUGCCGCAAGCCAUCCCCGUCGCGCCCGCCCCGUACGCGCCGCAAGCCGUGCCGCAGCCGACGGAGGAGCUCCUGCGCGAGUUCGAGACCGUCUACGGCGCCGUCGAGCUGACGCACCUCACCCCCCCGCAGAGUCCCCCCGGCCCGGCAACCCAACUGCUCCUGAGCUACGCCCAGCACGCCCAGGGCGUCGUCCCGCCACCCGUGGGCCAGCCCGCGGCAGAGCACUGGCCCGUAGUGGCCGCGCCGGCGCUGCUCCCGGACUACGACUGCGACUCGCAGGCUCUCGAGGAGCUGGUGCGCCUGCGCGCCGCGCAGCUGACGUCCCCGCAGCCGUCCGGGGACAGCUCGAGCGGGUCGCCGCCGUCGUCGCCGCGCUCGUGCUCCACGGACGACGAGUGGGCCGGCUCGUGCCGCCCCAAGCCCUACUCGCGCAACGUCGACGACCGCCGCUCUCGCAAGAAGGAGCAGAACAAGAACGCCGCGACGCGCUACCGCCAGAAGAAGAAGGCCGAAAUCGAGGUUCUGCUCAACGAGGAGCAGAACCUCAGGCAGCACCACGCCGCCCUCGGCGACAAAUGCGCGGACCUUCAGCGCGAGAUUCGCUACCUCAAGGGCCUCAUGCGUGAUCUGUUUAGGGCCAAAGGUCUCAUAAAAUAAAUCAACUUUUCGGUUCGCCCACUUAAGCGAAAGAAUUUAACCUGUUGCACCGCCGACGCGCGGUUAGAGAAUUACAGUUCUAAAAGAAGUUAAGGAGUUCUUUAUUUCGGAUGUUAUCAUUAAGUUUAUUUUCUAGUUUGCUAGAUAAGUUUUAAGUUUUUACAGAUAUAAUUUUUAUAAACUUCGAGCAGCACUUGUCAUUCAUACCAUUAGUCGAGGGAUAACAUCUUAACCAUGUAACAUCUUAGUAAUCGCAGGUGGCGCCAUUAUCACCAUUUUUCUUUAUUUAGAGGAUAGGUUGCAUUCAUUGUUAUGAAAGCAUAGUUUAUUAAAAUUUUACUUAACGUUUUAUUU